UUUAACUGUAACACUCGGGCUCUUACACACAGGAUCUGACCACAGAUCAGACCCAGAGAGACUGAGGCUGGAGCGACUGCGCUGUCCUCCUGCUCCCAGCUCAGAGUAUUUACUUUACGGUAACCCAAGCCCUAGGAUGGUUCAUUCCCAUCGGGACUCAGGUGACGCGUUAGAGACUGGCAAUGAUCCGUUUUGUUCUUACACUACAGAGAUGGACUCUGGCAACAUGCCCUUGGGUUUAGAGACACAGACUGAUCUGUCUAGAGGGGACCGGAACCGGUACAGUAGUAGUGGAUACUCUGAAGGGUUCCUAGAUAAGAAAGGGGAUGGUCUGAUCGUAGAUGAGGUGACUGUGAAAGUGGAGGGCAAAGCUCCUCUGACAUGGAAUGUAGACGAUACUCACUUAGAAGAAGGACACUCACAGGGCAGAGAUUUCUUAGAUUACAGGGACAGCUUAGAGAAAAAUCUAAAUGUCGCCACUCACUCCCCUUUAUACACGCUCAAGGAUCGGGACCCAUUGUCCACAUCGAUUGGGCCUUCCAAUUCACACAGCUGUGUCCUUUUCGAUCAGUUAUUGAACUCAAAGGACCAAAGGGCCAAUGCUCAAGGAGGGGGAGCAACAUCAGGUGACAGUAAAGAAAAACGGUUCCUCUGCAUGUUCUGUAACAAAGGCUUCAGCUGCUCCCAGAAGGUGGAGGUCCACCAGAGGGUCCACACAGGUGUGAAACCCUUCAACUGUACCAAGUGUCACAUGCACUUUGCCCAGGCUAGCAGCCUGAAGAGGCACCAAAGGGUACAUACAGGGUUGAAACCAUUCAGCUGUACCCAGUGUCACAUGCGCUUCGCCCAGACUGGUGACCUGAAGCGGCACCAGAGGGUCCACACAGGAGAGAAACCCUACAGCUGCCCCCAGUGUGAGAAGAGAUUCUCCCACCAGCACCAUCUAAAGACUCACCUGAAGGUCCACACGGGAGAGAGGCCAUUCAGAGAGUAAUUAAGGAUACUCCAGCAGAAAAAACAUUCCACUAUAACAUAGAAACUAACCAUUCCACUCAAUAGCUUCUGACUUUUACGUCAAACCCUGCAUUAAAGACAAAGAUACAUUUUCAAUGUUAUCAGCAGAAAAGAUCCACAGAUGCAUUUCAAAUAACAAGAGUAACAGAUUUUCAAUUUAGAAUAUUCCUGGGUAAAAUAUUGCAUCCAGACAUUGUGUGAGAUAAAAGCAUAUAUAAGCCUAAAAAGUCUGUUACAUAUUGUGUUUGUACUGUAUAGGCCAGGGAUU